GCUAUUAGUUUGCUAUUGGAUACAAACCUGAUUCUGCUUGCAUACAUUUUUAAUUUUUAUUACAAUUUGACAAUAUUAACAUACUUUGUUGAAAAAAAAGAAAUAAAGUUUCAAAAAUGAAAAUUUUUUAACUCUUUUAAAAGUUAAUUUAAAAUGGUGGUACACAAAACAUAUAUUUUGCUAUUAAUACAAUGCUUAAAUUAUGCAACUAUUAAAAUGUUUGAGACAAAUGAUGUGCAGAAUAUCCAACAAAGCAAUCUUAUAGCGGUGUUUGACACAGUACCUAAUGAAUAUGAAAUAUCUUUUGAACUUUAUUUAACUUCUUUUUUGAAUCAAUGGGCAAACGUAAUUCAUUUCACAAUUUAUGGUGAUUCGAUUAAAUACGGUGAUAGAUCUUUUAGUUUGUUUUUUUCAAACAAUCUUGCCCUAAUUAGUUCAUCAAUCAAUGGAAUAUCUAAUUAUUACAUAUGGCUUCCUUCACCAUUCACUUUGAUGGAAUGGAAUAAAUUUUUCAUAAGUCAAAUUUUGUUGAAUGGGAUCUACAAUUAUGUUAUCAAAUUGAAUGGCGCAGUUAUUGUUACAUUACAAAAUACCAAUCCGCAACCUUUUGAACACGUCAGAGUAUAUACAAGCAAUCCCUGGUAUUCCGCACAACCAGGAUACAUUAGAAACAUAGUUGUGACAAAUGUAAUUCCUAUGUCUUUUUUUGCUGUAAGCAGUGAAACAAUUUUAUAUAAAGGCAACUAUUUAACAACAAUAAAAACAGUACCCAAAGAGUAUGAAAUAACAUUUGAAGCCUAUUUUACUUCAUAUUUAACAAAAACUUGGUCCGAUGUGUUACGUUUAGAAGGUGAGAGUGAACGAUUUUUUCAGAUAAGUGUUUUUGAAUCUUUUGUAUAUGCUUGUGGAUCAGUCAAUGGUAUUCCUUCUUACAUGAAAAAGAUAGAUGUAUAUAAUCUGAAUGAAUGGAUUAAAUUUUAUGUAAGACAAAGUUUCAUGAAUGGAAAUUACAAUCGUGUUGUUCAAAUUAAUGACGUUAUUGUUGAUUCACUUCAAAAUACUGAUGCCAAGGUUUUUCAAAAUGUUGAUGUUUUUGCUUCCAUGAACAAUCCACAACCAGGAAUUUUAAGAAACUUAGUUGUAAUAAAUGCAUGCCCGAUUUGCGAUGUAACAACAAUGCUGUCCACCAAUAGUUACGAUGGAGAAAUAUAUUUGCUUGUAAAUAUAACAGCAAAUCAAGAGUGUUACAGCUAUCUCCAAAAUGUGAAAGUUUAUCUGCAACCUGAAUUGCUAUUGACUUUAAAAACAUUUGUUUGGAAUAAUUCAAGCCUGAAUGAUUCAAAUGUUCAAAGGAAUGGCAAAUCUUUUAUUGUUAAUGUGGGAAAGCUUACUCGAAAAUUGUAUGCAGUUUUUUCAGUUAUUUUUAAUUAUGAUGAAAGUGUGCCUUAUAAAAAAAGCAACGUUUCAAUUAUUGCUGAUUUAAGUUGGAAUUAUUUUUGCGAAGAUUCUAUCAUUAAAGUUAAAAAUCAAAAAGUCCUAUCAGCACUCAAAUAUCCACUUUCAACAGUAAACAAAAUUAAUCAGAUAUGGAAAUACAAGCAAUCAAGUACAUCAUUGCUGUCUGAAACUUAUCAGUUUGUAUGUCAAACCAUGCAAAAAAGACAAUCUACCCCUUGUUAUCAACGUGAAAUAUCAUCUGGAGUUAUUAACUUUCUUCCAAUUCAAGUUAUGGAGGUUUUUGGUUACAAUGCAAACACCACAUUAUUUUAUGGGUUUACUACCAAUAAUAAUUUUAUUGAGAUUGACGCAGUUAAAAGAAAGCCGUUUGUUAUAACAAAAGCAAGAUGCUUGAAAGUACCUGUUUGUGAAAGGUUUUUCACAAGAAAGUGACUUUUUUUAACUGUAUUUAAUAUAUUUUGAUUAUUUUUAAAUUGCGAGAAA